CUGUGUGCAGAGCAAAGCUUUUUAUUUUUCUGGGCCUGGCACACCUGCAAAAGCUUACCUGGAGAUGCAUCUCUGCUUAAGUUCUUUUGUGUCAGCAGCAUGCACAGCAGUGGCUAUUGACUUUUAAGUGCUGAUGGACCUGCCACAUUCCAGGAUAUCACUGUGGGCCAUAUCCUCAAUAUGAAUCCAGGGUAUCAACUGUGCAUGUGUGCGCGAACGUGAGAGAGUACGUGCGUGCAUGUGUACGCGUAUAUCGGGUGGGAUGGAUGACUUGGGACUGGGCGAGCGAGGGCUCUUGGCAAGUCUGCGUGGGGGUCGGGGACGCGCCGGCCUCUGGGAACCCCUGCCACCGCGCUUCCGUGCGCGCUUUGAGCACAUUCAGGUGGAUGGUGACAUCCUAAGUUACCACGGAAAUUCGGACGACGUGGGAUGCUACAUUGCAGCGCAGCCACUUGGGAAGGACAACAGCUACUUCGAGGUGUGCAUUAUGGAUGGUGGUGUACGGGGAAACAUCUCAGUGGGACUGGUACCACGGCGGUACCGCCUUGACCUGCCGCCCGGCCUCCUUCCAGGAUCUGUGGCAUUCCACGCAGAGCACGGAGAGCUUUACCGUGGACAGGCCGUGGGCCAGCAGUUUGGGCCGCGCUGUGAGGCCGGCGACCGUAUUGGCUGUGGUAUUCGAACGACCACCGUUGACGGCCGGGGGGUGGCCUACGGGGUUGCACACAUCUUCUUCACACGCAACGGCACGGAGCUGGGCUCCCUGUCGGUGCCAGUUCCAGAGGGGGGCCUCUUUCCAGCGGUGGGGCUGGGCUCGGCGGGCGAGGAGGUGAUGCUGGAGCUCACAGCAUCGUGGCCGGGCGAGGAGGAUGACUCCAUGCUGGUCGACAGUCUGGAGGAUGAGUGGGGGCGGCUGCAUGAUGUGCGCAUCGCUGGGCCGCUGCUGGAGUAUGUGGGGCGAGGCCGGAGCAUCAUGGAUGUGGGGCUGGCUCAGGCGAGGCAUCCCCUCAACACCACCGGACACUACUUCGAGGUGGAGAUUAUCGACCCUGGCGAGAAGUGCUACAUCGCCAUCGGGGUCGCUCGCAAGGAUUACCCCAAGCAUCGGCACCCAGGCUGGAACCGGGGCUCCAUAGCUUACCACGCAGACGAUGGUAAAAUAUUCCACGGGAGUGGUAUCGGCGACGCAUUUGGGCCCCGCUGCUCCAAGGGCGACAUCAUGGGCUGUGGCAUCACCUUCCCGCGCGACUACCAGCUGGACAGUGAGGGUGACAGCGAUGGCACCCCGGAGUGGAACGUGAGUCCCGUGGACCCAGAACCCGAGGAAGCGGUCGACAUCUGGCAGCCCCGACUCCCCCGAGACAACAUGACCUUCGGCAGCGACACGGACGAGGAGGACGAGGAGGAGGAGGACGAGGAGGAGGAGCGAGACGGCAGGGACAGGCGGGUCGAGUGGCAGCAGGACGACAAAGGAGAUGGAGAUGACGGCGAGGGAGACCAGGACCCAGAGCCACCCGGCAUUAAGGUCAUGGUAUUCUUCACGCGGAACGGCAAGGUGGUGGGCAGGCGCGAUGCCCGUGUGCCUCCCGGUGGUUUCUUCCCCACCGUGGGCAUGCUCAGCUGCCACGAGAAGGUGCGGGUCGACUUGCGGCCGCUCAGCGGAUAAUCCUGUCGCCACCUCCAAGGCGCGCACUCAGCUUCUCCGCACCGCCACCCCCCACACCCCCUCCCGACUCGCCUCUGAUCUCAUGCACUCGCGCCGCCCUUGAGGUCACCGGCUCUCCCAUUCCACCCAUGUCAAUGUUUUAGUUGAAUCACUUCGGGCGCUAUUCUCGGCGGUAGAGCUCACGUUGCGUGAACCCCUGAUCGCGUCGGCUGUGCGCAGCUCCUCGCAGGAGUCGUGUAUAAAGAGUUGUAAUCCACGUGGUGGAAAUUGACCAAAGGGAGGUCGUGAGAAUGGUGGCACUUACCCGUUCUUGCAUGAACACAGCAUAUACAGUACAACAUAUAUAUAAAGUAUUGCUUUACAGUGAAUAAUAACACGAUAUUUUUUUUCUUCUGUAUAGAGAUAUAGAGCAAUAUCUGAAAAAAAUAUUGUUGCAAUUGUAAAUGUGUGCAUAUAUAAAAUGAAAGUCAAUCACUUGUGAGGCACUUCCAGGGAAUUAUUAUAUUGUUGAUAUCACAUUGCGAACCUACGGAGGGCAUGAGAUCGCUCUGAAUUAAAGAGGUAUACAACCAGAGGCCCCGGGGUCACGUGCGCCAAUCAGCGCAUUUCUGUCGCAUGGACGGGUGUGGUGACGUACUGCGUCCGCGGAUAUGUCGUUGCAAGUGGAUGGGGCAGAUUAGAAAAGGUAGACUGUGACCCAUGCCAUCUAAAGUUGCUAAACCCCACUUGUAUCAGACCAAAACCACAGUGGUCCCUCAACUACUCUGCUCAUAACUUCCCCUCGACCCUCAGCUCCACAGUCAAGCUUUGAAGCUACAGCCGUCAUAUUAUAUAAGACUUGCUGAUGGCGUCGUCAUUAUAUAGAUCAAGGGCAGUGUACUCCAGAAAACGAUUGAAGGACUUCAUACGACGGCCGAAAAGUAGUGGGGCUCAAGAUGAAUGAGACGAAACAAAAGUCACGUGCGACAAGUUUCGUGGAACAAAGGGACAAUAGUUGUUGCGGACGGCCACAAUUGGAAAACGCAACAGAGCGUGUGUACCCAAGGCAAUUAUCGAAGAGAGGCUGGAAUCACUGCACAUCGCCUGUCACGGCAUGGAAUUGUAAACAAGGACUGUGACUAAGAAGAUGGUACAAAAGCUGAAACAUAAGUGAAGAGGAGGGAUGGAAGGAGAAAUGCAUUCUGUGAAUUAUACUGAUAGACGGGAAAAUAGAACACGUGGAUCCGAGAACAAGUGCAAAUUAGGGACUGUUAAAAGAAAGUAAGAUUGGGAAGGGCACGUUGCUCAAAGGGAUGAUAGCCGGUGGUCGAGACUAACAACUGAAUCGCAGCCAAAGGAGGGGAUACGCCCCCGGAGAUGAGAACUGCGCACAUGGGGUGAUGAGUUGAGCUCAGCGUAGGAGCGGGACGGAUCGUGGCAUCACACAACCAUGAGGUGUGGUGACAAAUUGGGGGAUGGUGGGGGUCCUUCAUCCAUCGGUGGAGAGAACAUGGCUGAUGAUGAAAUGUGAUUAGUAGCUGUCUGGAUGAUGAUGAUGGGGUAGUGAAGUGCAUAAGAAUCUGCAUAAUGAAUGUUAUCCAAAUCCGUGCUCCAGGUCACAGGGCUGAAGUGGUCCAGCCCAGUUAUGAAUAUGUUAAACAAGUGAUUCUCGUGAAAGAAAUUACCAUAAGUAAAGUAAAGACUUAAUCUGCUCUUGUUUUCUACCAUCAUUUUCUUUAUUCCUAUCUACGGUUAUAGCCUCCCAUGCCUUGCCACUCACAAUUUUCCACGGUGCAGGUUUGUUAUUGGUUACCACGUGGCGUGGGCAACAUGCAUUGUAAACAUCUUGUAGAAGGGAGGAGACAGUAAAAGCGAGGGCCAUGGACCUCGGGCGGAGGUCUUGAGGAUAGCAGUGAAGAGUCAGAGUCGUUAAGAAUUUGCAUGCUCUCAUUUAGGUUGAAUCCACGCAGGCUUGUGGCAACCUAUGCAAGGGUUCAGAUGAUGUUACAUGUUACGUGCACUUGCUCUGUGCAUAUAGACACAUGUUUAAUUAACAAACAAUGUAUAUAAGGUACUUGUACGUGCGCGAACACUUGGUUUGGGAACUUCAAAAAUCACGGGCACCACACAAGACCCACAUUGAUUUCCCUGCCCUUGCACAGAAGGUACGGUACAACGUUUUGUUUGUAACGAGCGUGCACAUGUAAUUGGGUUCUGAUGUAGUCGGUUGAAUUGGGAGGUGGAUUGUUCGUGACCCCUGAAGGCCUGGAGGUCACGCUGUGGCACUGUUCUUUUGCACAGUGUGAAUAUAAUUGUACUGUAUAUAAAUUGCUCAUUUGUUUACAAUUGUACAAAACAAUGCAUUUGCGCACCCACCAUCCCCUCCAUCUCACGCGAUGAAGCUUUACGUAUUUCUUUUUUUAUCAGCCGAGACAUUUCCAUGAAUCGUGGAAAUCUGAACGGCGAGGGAUCACAGGUGGUUGUGGAUAUCUGCUCUAGUGUGCAGGACUCACGUGGAAUGCUGGCCAUACAACAUGAGUGUGCAGCACAGAUACGGCGCUCUCUGUGCAUCUGGGGGGAAGGGGUGUGGUGAGGCUUUCCUCUCACCCUUGAUCAGUUCCGUAAGUGCUCGGGACAAGACUGCCCCCUUAUUGGCCAAAGGGCCAAACAUUGUGUGCCCUAUGCAAGACUAACUUUGUCAAUGAACACGCAUUUACAUAUUCAAGCUGUUAAUAAAAACUUUGCUUUUGGUAGAUUUGAAGAAGUUCAGACACGAUUCAUCUUGCCGCAUCAGCCAUUCUUAUCUGCUUGUUAAGUGGAUUGGAAAUUACGAUUCAUUAUUGUUUAGUUGUACAUUCCAUCGAAUUGCAGAAGCAUCUGGAAACUCUUUACUGUCCUAUACAGGGUUACAUAUAUAAUGAGGGUGGCAUUAAUACGAAAAUAUUUACAUGUACAAUGACACGCAACAUAAAUAAAGAAAUAAGUGUUAGAAGCAGGCUGGCCUAGAGAAGGAAUGUGUAACGGGAUCAAUCGUAAUGCAGAGUUCCAGAUGGAAAGGAUGUGUCUAGUCUUUAUUGAACAGUGAGCAAGAGCAGUAAGUGUCACCAGGAAGGAGAAGGUGAACGAGUGCGAUGAUGUGGGGGGCUUGGAAAGGAAUGCCCUGCAGAAGCAAUAUGAUUAAAGAGUGUGCCGCAGUAUCGCAAAUGGACUCGUAUGAUGAUUGACUCACGUGGCUGCUUCAUCAGAACAUGCCCCGCUUGGGGCCCUUUUGGAAAUACAUUUUGCUAACUCUAGGUCAUGUAACAACAACAACAAAACAGCAUACAAAUGUUAUGCGAUUAAGUGAGGUGGAAAUGUUGGCCUCACAUGAAUUUCAGCACUUAGUCUUUUAAUGCAAUUUUGACUUUGGACAAAAGUGGAACAUGUUUGGCGCUUCAGGUCUCGAGUCAGCUGUUGCUUCUCAUUCCCAUUGAUGAACUAACUCGUGAAUGAAUAUGGACAUAGUUUGGAGACAGUUCAAUAAUUUCAAGCGCUGGAUUCAGAUAUAAUUUGGUGAAAUAAAUCGGUGGUGUGGUGUGAAAUUGCAUGUGACUGUCAAAACUCCAAUCUUUUUCUACUCGUGAAAUUCAUAAAUUGUUAGGCUUUUAUUACAUUUGCAACCAGUUACUUUUAAGAAUAAGCCAUUUUUAAUAGCCCAAUAUUGCUCCAAAGUGUCGGCGGGGGGGGAAGCAGCCUGCUGGUUCAGGCGAAUGGAUGGGCUGGUGGUGAAUACAUUCUCCAUGGAACCCAUCUGCACUGUGCCCAUGGUCUUAUUACGGCAACCACUGGCUAAUGCCGGUUGUUGCCACUGCCAGACUGUGUCGUAUAUUGCACCAUGCAACGUCGCCAUGUGUAAUCGUUUGGGCAUUGUAUGUAAUGCCAACAUACUGCAGUAAAAAAAUAACUAUUAUAUGCAGCUUAAUCACAAAAAUAUAAUUGCAGGACCGUGUGUGGUCUUUGUACGUUUGCUGAGGUCUUUUUUAAGAGGUGUUAUAUCUCAGCGGGAUGUCAGAUGGAUUCAAAAGGGAAAUUUGAUGAUUUCACCGUACAAACUUUAUCGCAGCUGCAACAAAAAGUCAUCGCCAAUGCCAAAACCAUGUAUCAGUGUGUGCAGAGCUUAGAGGAAUCUCUGGUGGGUGCGGCACGUGUCUUGUCCAGACUGAAUUCACCCACUGGUCAACAAUAGCCAGUGUUGCCAAAUCAGAUUUGUUUUUAGUCCUUCAGAUAUCAAAGGUUUUCAUGUCAUGUGCGGGGAAUCUGCAUUUCGGAAUAUUGGCACAGGGUUUGGUUUUCCAGAGGGCUCUCUGCUCGACCAGCGGAACAUGAUUGGGCCAGUGCCUUGGCUGCGUGAAGGGGUUGUUCUUAAAAUAGUUUUUGGGCCACUGGCAGGAGCCACUGAUGACACCCUCAGAGGCAAAACCUUGUAACAAACAAAACGCAUCCCAUUAAAGAGUUGUAGGCUCACAUGUUCAACUUCCUCGACUUCGCAGCAGGAGAGCCCAGGAUAUUCCCGACGAAAGGCUAUUCACAUUUCUAAUGUAAAGUUGUAAUAAUUGGGGGGGUGUGGGAGGGGGGGGGAUGCUGAUUGGAACACGAAGGGCGUUUUUGUUGUUAAACUGAUUUGACAGCAUCGGCAGACUGCAGUGAACUCGCACUUUGGAUUUCCUGGACGUUUUGUGCACCGCUGACCCCUUUCACCCCACGCUCGCAUUUUGGGCUCUUCAAUGAAUGUACUGUAAGUGCAUUUGUCAUGUACUGUAAGUACUGUAAUGUAUUUAUGCUGGAGGGGGUGGGGGUUAAUAAAGUGAUGUAUAACGCAGAAACCGCCGUUUCAUGUCUUUCUUAAGCCCCUUGAAAUCGUGACAUGCACAAGUGGCUUUAUGAAUGGCAUGGCAGUCGGUUUAAUUCAUGGUUGCAUUUGCUGUGUGAGCCUCUCUCCCAGCUAUCCUUCAUUUUGUGAAGGCACUAUAGUGUAUUUAAUCAAGCGUGGAUGCCCAUUUAAUUGAAAGGGUUGAUAAUUGAAUUCGUGCUUGUAUGCACGUGAAAUACAUCAACGAUAAACAACUUGGUACGUCCUCUUAUUCACCAAGGGCUCUAAACUGCCUUCUUAAC